UAUGUAAGGGGAUUUUUUCUUAUUGGGGGGGUUGUUAAAAAAUAAAUAUAAGGGCGGCCAUCUUUGUUUCUCUGCCUUGUAGUGUAAAAUAUUCCAAAACGUCCCCCACUUUUUUGUGUGUCGAUUUGAAUAUUAAAAAAAUCAUAAUACGGGAGAAAUACAUUUCUUGUUUUCGCGCACGGGGUCGGUGACAGGAAUAUAAUGUCCUCUCCUCUACGCGCCUGUGAGGAAGAUGAGGGCAUGGUGGUUAAUUCCGAGGGAGGAGAUUUUGAUGAAGAAGAAGAAGACGACGGAGACCUAGACGAGAACGCAAGCGACAUAAACUCGCCGGCGGCGCCUAGAGAAACUGCAGCACGAGCCGCGCCAGAUGACUGUGAGGAUGGGGGAGAGGCAUCGGACAGAGAUGGGCUGGGAAAGAAGAAACGGGGCCCCAAGAAGAAGAAGGAGACGAAAAAGAAAGACAAAGAUGGAAAGACACCCAAAUCACACAAGCGCAAAAAGAUGGAAAGCGACAUAGAGAGGGACUCAGAGAGGGAGUAUGGCGAGAACUCAGACAGCGGGGCCAGCGAUUUCGGCGCUGGGGGGAAGAAGAAGAGGAAGAAGCACAAAGAGAAGAAGGAGAAGAAGACCAAGCGGAAGAAAAAAGAGGAUGGGGAGAGCAACCAGGAGGAGACGGCCAAGCCGGUGGAACAGAAGACAUCAGCCCAGCUUGCGCGGGACUGGGGGCUGGAGGAUGUGGAUCACACCUUUACAGAGGAAGACUACCGCACGCUGACCAACUACAAAGCCUUCAGCCAGUUCAUGAGGCCCAUGAUUGCCAAGAAAAACCCCAAAAUCCCCAUGUCCAAGAUGAUGACUAUCUUGGGGGCCAAGUGGCGCGAGUUCAGCUCCAACAACCCGUUCAAGGGCUCCGCCGCCGCCGUGGCAGCUGCCGCUGCCGCUGCCGCCGCCGCCGUCGCCGAGCAGGUCUCCGCGACAGCCGCCGCCCCCGAGCCGCCGCCCCAGCCGCCCCCACUCCGCAAGGCCAAGACCAAAGAGGGCAAAGGCCCGGGGUAUAAGAAGCGCAGUAAGAGCCCCCGGGUCAUGGACAAGAAGAAGCCCAAAGGGAAGAAGAUGGCCCCACUGCGCAUUAAACUGGGGGUGCUGGGAAACAAGAGGAAGAAGAGCAGCUCUAGUGAGGACUUGGAUGACGAUGACUCAGAGCAGGAGGACUCCAGCGUUCACAGCUCCUCCGUCCGCUCCGACAGCUCUGGGCGCGUCAAGAAGAACAAGAGAGGCCGUCCAGCCAAGAAGAAGAAGAAAAUGUUGGGAGAUGAGGAAGGGGACGGCUACGAGACGGACCACCAGGACUACUGCGAGGUGUGCCAGCAGGGCGGCGAGAUCAUCCUGUGUGACACCUGCCCCCGGGCCUACCACCUGGUGUGCCUGGAGCCCGAGCUGGAGAAGGCCCCCGAGGGCAAGUGGAGCUGCCCCCACUGCGAGAAGGAGGGGAUCCAGUGGGAGGCGAAGGAGGAGGACUUUGAAGAUUACGAGGAGGAGUGCGAGGAUGGGGGCGGGGCGGAACUCGGGGGCGGGGGCGCGGGCGGCGAGGAGGAGGAGGACGACCACAUGGAGUUCUGCCGCGUGUGCAAGGACGGCGGGGAGCUGCUCUGCUGCGACUCCUGCCCCUCCUCCUAUCACAUCCACUGCCUCAACCCGCCCCUGCCUGAGAUACCCAAUGGGGAGUGGCUAUGCCCGCGCUGCACGUGCCCUCCAAUCAAAGGGAGGGUGCAGAAGAUCCUGCACUGGCGCUGGGGCGAGCCCCCUCCCCCUGUUCCCGUGCCCCCGGCCCCCGACGCCGACCCCGACGCACCCCCUCCGCCUCCCAUGAAAGGCCGUCCGGAGAGGGAGUUCUUCGUCAAGUUGGCUGGCCAGUCCUACUGGCACUGCACCUGGAUCACUGAGUUACAGCUGGAGAUCUUCCACUCGGUCAUGUUCCGGAACUACCAGCGCAAGACGGACAUGGACGAGCCGCCCAGCCUGGACUACGGUUCAGGGGGGGAGGAGGACGGGGGGAAGAGUGAGAAGAGGCGAGCCAAGGACCCGCAGUAUGCUGCCAUGGAGGAGAAGUUCUACCGCUACGGCAUCAAGCCCGAGUGGAUGAUGAUACACCGUAUCAUCAACCACAGUGUGGAUAAGAAGGGCAACUACCAUUACCUUGUCAAGUGGAGAGACCUGACAUAUGACCAGUGCACCUGGGAGAGGGAUGACCUGGACAUCCCUGACUUCAGUACCCACAAGACCAACUACUGGAGACACAGAGACGAGGUGAUGAAGGAGGACCCAGACAAGCCGAGGAAGAUGAGGAGCAUGAGGAAGGAGGACGGCGAUGAGCCUCCCAGCUCUCCUGUCAAUGAUCCCACGGUGAAGUACGAGGAGCAGCCGGAGUUCGUCUCUGUGACGGGGGGCACCCUGCACCUCUACCAGCUGGAGGGGCUCAACUGGCUGCGCUUCUCCUGGGCACAGGGCACAGACACCAUCCUGGCCGACGAGAUGGGCCUGGGCAAGACCAUCCAGACCAUCGUCUUCCUCUACUCCCUCUUCAAGGAGGGUCACACUAAGGGCCCGUUCCUGGUGAGCGCCCCGCUCUCCACCAUCAUCAACUGGGAGCGCGAGUUCGAGAUGUGGGCGCCCGACUUCUACGUGGUCACCUACACCGGGGACAAGGACAGCCGAGCCAUCAUCCGCGAGAACGAGCUGUCCUUCGACGACUCGGCCGUCAAGGGCGGGAAGAAGGCCUUCAAACUGCGGAGGGAGGCGCCCAUAAAAUUCCAUGUGCUCCUGACCUCCUACGAGCUGGUGACCAUCGAUCAGACGGCCCUCAAAUCCAUCGACUGGGCUUGCCUGGUGGUAGACGAGGCCCACCGCCUCAAGAACAACCAGUCAAAGUUCUUCAGGAGGCUGAAUGACUACAAGAUCGAUCACAAGCUGCUACUGACAGGCACCCCCCUGCAGAACAACCUGGAGGAACUCUUCCACCUGCUCAACUUCCUCACACCCAACCGCUUCAAUAAUCUGGAGGGCUUCCUAGAGGAGUUUGCAGACAUCUCCAAGGAGGACCAGAUCAAAAAGCUCCACGACCUGCUGGGGCCGCACAUGCUCAGGAGGCUGAAGGCCGAUGUCUUCAAGAACAUGCCGGCCAAGACGGAGCUGAUCGUCCGCGUGGAGCUCAGCCCCAUGCAGAAGAAGUACUACAAGUACAUCUUGACACGGAACUUUGAAGCACUCAACUCCAAGGGCGGGGGGAACCAGGUGUCCUUGCUCAACAUCAUGAUGGACCUCAAAAAGUGCUGCAACCACCCCUACCUUUUCCCUGUGGCUGCCAUGGAGGCCCCUAAGACGCCGAGUGGGGCAUAUGAGGGCACUGGGCUGACCAAGGCCUCCGGAAAGCUGCUCCUGCUGCAGAAGAUGCUGAGGAAGCUGAAGGAACAGGGCCAUCGAGUCCUGGUCUUCUCCCAGAUGACUAAGAUGCUGGACCUGCUGGAGGACUUCCUGGACUUUGAGGGCUACAAGUAUGAGCGAAUCGACGGGGGCAUCACAGGGGCCCUGCGGCAGGAGGCCAUCGACAGGUUCAACGCUCCUGGCGCAUGUCAGUUCUGUUUCCUGCUGUCAACGAGGGCUGGCGGCCUGGGCAUUAAUCUGGCCACUGCUGACACAGUCAUCAUCUUUGACUCAGACUGGAACCCACACAAUGACAUACAGGCCUUCAGCCGCGCCCACCGCAUUGGCCAGGCCAACAAGGUGAUGAUCUACCGCUUUGUGACGCGGGCCUCGGUGGAGGAGAGGAUCACGCAGGUGGCCAAGCGCAAGAUGAUGCUGACCCACCUGGUGGUGCGGCCGGGGCUGGGCUCCAAGGCCGGGUCCAUGACCAAACAGGAGCUGGACGACAUCCUCAAGUUCGGAACCGAGGAGCUCUUCAAGGAUGAGAUCGAAGCCGGGGACAAUAAGGACGAGGACAGCAGCGUGAUCCACUACGACAACACGGCCAUCGAGAGGCUGCUGGACCGCAGCCAGGACGCCACCGAUGACUCGGACAUGCAGAACAUGAACGAGUACCUGAGCUCCUUCAAGGUGGCCCAGUACAUGGUGCGGGAGGAGGACAAGAUUGAGGAGAUCGAGAGGGAGAUCAUUAAGCAGGAGGAGAACGUGGACCCAGACUACUGGGAGAAGCUGCUGAGGCACCACUACGAGCAGCAGCAGGAGGACCUGGCCCGUAACCUGGGCAAGGGCAAGCGGGUCCGCAAGCAGGUCAACUACAACGACGCUGCGCAGGAGGACCAAGACUGGCAUGCUGAUGUUUCAGAUAACCAGUCAGAGUACUCGGUGGGCUCAGAGGAGGAAGACGAGGACUUCGACGAGAGGCCAGAGGGUCGCAGGCAGUCACGGCGGCAGCUGAGAAACGAGAAGGACAAGCCGCUGCCACCCCUGCUGGCCAGAGUGGGGGGUAACAUUGAGGUCCUGGGCUUUAACACUCGUCAGCGCAAGGCCUUCCUGAACGCAGUGAUGCGGUGGGGCAUGCCUGCCCAAGACGCCUUCUCCUGUCAGUGGCUCGUCCGGGAUCUCCGGGGCAAGACAGAGAAAGAGUUCAAGGCGUACGUCUCUCUCUUCAUGCGCCAUCUGUGUGAGCCGGUGGCAGACGGCUCAGAGACGUUUGCCGAUGGGGUGCCGAGGGAGGGGCUCUGCCGGCAGCCAGUGCUCACCAGGAUCGGGGUCAUGUCCUUGGUCAAGAAGAAGGUCCAGGAGUUUGAGCACAUCAAUGGGAAGUGGAGCAUGCCAGAGUUGAAGCCAGAGAUCACCAUAGACUCCAAGAAAUCAUCCCGGGCCUCUUCCCCUGUCAAGACUGCCACUCCCACCCCUGAGCCCAGCUGCAACAACACCCCCUGUACCUCAAAACCAGCCACCCCGUCACCCCCCGACAAACCGGAGAAAAACGGGAAGGAGGGAGAAAGGGAGGAGGGAGAGAGCCCACCAGAGCCGGAGAAAGAGAGGGAGAAAGAGAAGGAGAAGGAGAAAGAGAAGGAGGGUGGCGAAACAGCCGACACUGCUGAACCUCCAAUCACAGCAAAGGAAGCGACGCAGGACCCGCCUCCCAGUGAAAAGGCUGAACUGGAGGAGGGAGCGGCAGCGAUGGAGGAGGAGCAGAAGAGCACCACCGACGCGCCGCCAGCCCCGUCCGACGACAAGAAGGCGGAGGAGGAGAGCGCGGAGCAGGAGCCUGCCGCAGAGAUAGCACAGUCCACCCCCAACACAGCGUCCCCCGCUGUCAAAGAUGAGAAGCAAGAGGCGGAGAAGGUAGAGGAGGAGAAGACGGAGGAAGCCACUGCACCCUCAGAAACGACGGACAGCAAGGACAAGCUGGAGAGCCAGCCCUCGGAGGCCACGAAAGGUGCAGAGGAAGUGAAAGGUGAAAAGGACGCUGGGAAGGAUGGCAAGGGGCCGAAGGAGGAAGUCGCCAGGGGCAACGGAAAGAGCGAGCGCCCGCGCUUCAUGUUCAACAUCGCGGAUGGGGGCUUCACGGAGCUGCACACGCUUUGGCAGAACGAGGAGCGGGCGGCCAUCUCCUCGGGGAAGAUGAACGAGAUCUGGCACCGGCGGCACGACUUCUGGCUCCUCGCGGGCAUCGUGCUCCACGGGUACGCGCGGUGGCAGGACAUCCAGAACGACCCGCAGUUCGCCAUCGUCAACGAGCCCUUCAAGAGCCAGGCCAACAAGGGCAACUUCCUGGAGAUGAAGAACAAGUUCCUGGCUCGCCGUUUCAAGUUAUUGGAGCAGGCCCUGGUGAUCGAGGAGCAGCUGCGGCGGGCGGCUUACCUCAACAUGACGCAGGACCCCACCCACCCCGCCAUGGCUCUGAACGCCCGCUUCGCCGAGGUGGAGUGCCUGGCCGAGUCGCACCAGCACCUGAGCAAGGAGUCGCUGGCCGGGAACAAGCCCGCCAACGCCGUGCUCCACAAAGUGCUGAACCAGCUGGAGGAGCUGCUGAGUGACAUGAAGGCGGACGUGACGCGGCUGCCCGCCACCCUUUCCCGAGUCCCGCCCAUCGCCGCACGCUUGCAGAUGUCAGAGAGGAGCAUACUGAGCAGGCUGGCCAACAAGGGCACCGAGACGCACACGCCCCCGCCCAUUCCCCCAGGACCUUACGCCACACCCCAGAACUUUGGGGCACCCUUUACCCCUGCCCCGUCAGGAGCCUUACCUCUGGGAGGGGCAAAUUACAGCCAGAUGCCCCCUGGGUCUUUCAUAUCAGAAGCCGGCGCCUGCCUGAAGACCAAGGAGCAUGACAUCCCGCAGCGCCAGCGCGUGGUGGACCUGUGGAAGGACGGCAAGUCCGAGGGCGCCAUCGGGCAGGAGCUGCGGAUGCCCAAGUCCACCGUGCACAGCAUCAUCGUCAAGUACCGUCUCAGCAACACGGUGGAGAACCUGCCCCGAAACGGCCGGCCGAAAAAGCCCUGAGACCUGCGGUCUGGGAGAGAGAGAGAGAGAGAGAGAGAGACGGAGGAAGAGAGGGAGGUGGGGGAGGAGGGUGGCUGCACUCCCAGACUGAGAGGAAGAACACACACUCUGGGACCGACAGAGAAAGAGGACAAAGAACACA